CGCUCCCUGCGCUAAUUCUAGUUGCUGGGUUCGCAGCGGGGGUGUCGCAGCCCUGCACUACCCAGCUUUGCCGCCGGGUGAGGCAGAGCCGCUCCGGAACGUGAAGGUGCCGCCGGGUCGGAGCGCCCUCCUGAGCCGCCUACGCGGGGUUCAGGGCAUGAAAAAACCGCUGUAUGCCUCUUAGAACAGCAGCUGGAAAAGGCGGAGAACGGCAUCCCUGGUUUGGGGUGACACCCGCCUGUGAUUUUAACGCUUUCCUUCCUGGCACGCUCAAGUCAAACCUUGCAAAGAUUUCCCAGUACUGCGUCCUUCCUCACUGGACAGCUACAGGCAAAACCAGUUCAAUGCAGGCUUUGGGAUUGUUUCGGCACAUUCACGGAGUAUACGUGCUCUAAAUGCCUACAGUACAGAGGAAUCCAGCUACUUCUAAUGGGAUGCAUUUGCAUAGAGGAAGAAUUCCUCCUUUAAGAUGGGUAAUAAGCAAACGAUAUUUACUGAUGAACAGCUAGACGCCUACCAGGAUUGCACGUUCUUCACUCGGAAAGAAAUCCUUCGGUUGCAUGGCCGAUACCAUGAAAUGGCACCAAACGUUGUGCCCAUGGACUAUACAAAGGACCCAGAUGUUAAACUACCUAUGCAGCUUAUAAUAAACAUGCCUGAGCUAAAGGAGAAUCCCUUCAGGGAAAGGAUCGUGGAAUCUUUCUCAGAAGAUGGAGAGGGAAGCCUCAGCUUCAAUGAUUUUGUGGAUAUGUUCUCUGUGCUCAGUGAAAUGGCUCCCAGAGAGCUUAAAGCAAUCUAUGCCUUUAAGAUCUAUGAUUUUAACACAGAUAACUUCAUUUGUAAAUCAGACUUGGAAAAAACCCUCAAUAAACUGACCCGGGAAGAGCUAACAGCAGAAGAAAUCACUCUAGUUUGUGAGAAAGUGAUAGAAGAAGCUGACAUGGAUGGUGAUGGGAAACUAGGAUUUGCAGAUUUUGAAAACAUGAUCUCCAAAGCACCGGACUUUCUCAGUACUUUCCACAUAAGAAUCUGAAGAUGUUUCCGUGAGCCAGUAUUAUCAGAAAUGACUUGCCAGUCCAGCCUUUCUGAAUCUCAGGCAAUUUGAGGGCUUUUGUCCUCUAAUUAUGGCUUCUUAGAACUCAGCUGAAAGUACUGAAAUCAUUCUGGUCCACAAAACGACAGGAGCAUCAUGUGAUCUGCAGGAUAUUUGGAACAGUCACAUUUUUAUCUUCAUUGCUAGCCAAGCACUCUGGCAAAGAUGUUUGGUUGUUGGGCUGUGGUUUUUCUUUCUUUUUUUCCAAUUUUAGUUUUUUUAAACAGGCAGAAUCAGAAUAUUAUUAAAGGUAUUUCCACAUAGUUUUUGUAUUUAUGAAUAUUUAAUACUGCUCUUAAAAGCGCAAAAAAAAAGAAAAAAUUGACAGAAAGAUUAGCUUUGGUGACUUUUCCAUGAGUAUUUGAAAGAAAGCAUGGGCCUUAAAUAAUGAGAUGCCUCUAUCACUGUGUUGUAGAGCUGGGGAUCUUGCGUGGAAGUUAUCUUAGAUGAAAGAACUGCAGUCAAGAUCAAGCUCCCAGUGUUGAAGACAACCACAUCCCAGGUUUGCCUUUCAGUCACUGAAAUGGCCGUUGCUGGGUUUGGUGCUUACCUUCAACCAAUAUUUUAUGGAUUGUCAUGUCCUUAUAAAACUUGAAAUAUUUGCCUUUUCUAUAUGGUAACUGCAUACGUGAUUCAUUUCUUCCCAAGAUAAACGUUCAGACUGUGUCCUUAUUCUCAAAGGGGGUCCUGCGUUUUACUCAUUCUGUGGGCUGAUAAUGUUGAAUGGAAGAACAUGAUCAUCUAACUCAUGAAGUUAAAGAAGCACAGAAGUACUACUAAGGACAUGAAAAGACAUUUUAUUUCUAAACCAGCUAUGCAAUCUUUCCCAUAAAAUGCAUGAAUGCAGCUCUAUAUUUCUCUUCCUUCUCCAGCUGGAAAUCAGCUAGAUUUUUCUUUUUUUUUUUUUUUUAAUUCCAGUAUUGUUUAGGUACUGGGGCCUGAAGACAAUCAUAAGUGUAUUACUGUUCUAACAGUCAAUAGAAGGGCUCUGUCACUUACAUGGCUUCUGUAUCAAAGUCAUCACAAUUAAAACUUUUGACGCAUUCUGUUGUGCUUUGAGAAUUUUUGGGCUAAGCACAUACUUAUUCCCUUUCUGGUCAUUAUUCCAAUUACUG